CCAUGUUUUUCCCUUAUAACUGAGAAAUUACAUUUAGGUCCCUCAAUUAUGGGUCCCUUUGCAAUUCAGUCCAGGUUAGUAUUUUUUUCUGGCAGAAAACACCUAACAUUCAAAGGUGAAAAGAACUGUUCAGAGUUUGGACUCUCCUUCUCUGCUCCCCCAACUGCCCUCACCCGACCAAACCCUACUUUCUCUCUCCUCUCGUCGCCGUCGCCGGUGCCAGCGCUGCUUGAACACAUUGGCAGCGGGUACUGUGGAAUGGCGGCCGUCCAAUGCUCUAAAAUCCCUUUGCCGGCUACUGAGGUCCGCUUUCCUGUGAUGGCGUGCGCAAUACCGUGGAAAACAAAAACACAGAUAAAAAGUGGUCCAACUUUUCAUGGCCGCUUACUGGGGCUCCGGAUCUUGGCCGUUUCUAGUGACGGUGGUACCAACAGUAGUAAAAAAUCAGCGGCCCCUAAUUCGAAUUAUGUGGUGCCUCUCGAUAAGUCGUCCAGUAUCACUAGGCCUCUCGCCGAGAUUCUCCGUGACCUCAACAAGCGAGUUCCUGAUAACAUUAUCAAGACGCAGAAUGAUCAGCCCACCUUUAUUCCCUGGUACCAGGCGAACCGUAUGCUGAGCUUUUAUGCUCCAGGUUGGUGCGGAGAAAUUCGAGAUGUUAUUUUCUCGGAGAAUGGAAGUGUGACUGUUGUGUAUCGAGUGACAGUACGAGGUUCUGAUGGGGAGGCACAUCGCGAAUCAACUGGGACAGUGACACCUGGCGAGAGCAAUAUCGUGGAUCCUGUGGCUGCAGCAGAAGAAAUUGCGUUUUGCCGAGCCUGUGCUCGAUUUGGUCUUGGCUUGUACCUUUACCACGAAGAUUAGAAGGCGUUGUUUAUUGCUGUCUCACAGUCUUCUUCUGUAUGUUUGUUUGAUUGAGAAGUAAACCUUUUUUGUGUGUGUGUUCUUAAUUAAUGUAUGCUACUGUUGUUAUCAGGCAUAUAAUUCUUAAUUUGAUCAACAUGUCAUCUAUAUAUAAAAGUGAAUGAGAUAUCUUUAAUAUAUAAUUCUUUAAUUCUUAAUUUUUUUUUUUUUUU